CUAUACUAUGUGAGACUCUCACUUGUGAACUAUCGUGAUAUGCCAGAUUAUUUAAAUGAUUGUAAACAAUGGAAAGUAGCGCUUGUACGGACAUGAAAACGGACAAUAAUCCGGACGGUUCGUCAGAUGAUGAGCAUGACCAGCCGGAUCCUAGGAUACAGACGGAGCUAGAUAAGUUAAACUCUGCCAGUGCAGACAUAAACAGACUUGAAAAUGAACUUGAUGAGGCCAGGUCAAAAUAUCGCAUUAUCGUGUCAGGAACUUCCGGCCAAAUGGAGAUUAUUGCAAAAGGCCGGAAAAAGAGUAUCCAAAAAGCGCGGGAAUACUACAAAUUAUCGUUGGAUGCUAAACUGGCACAAAGUGAAGCGUUAAAGGCUGCACGACAAUUCCAGACCGCUGUAAGCGUGUAUAAGGCCGCACGGGAAACUGUGGCUCUAGCUGAAAGCAGGUUGACAGAAGACACGGGGACAACAGCCGCCCAGCUCACGUCUGCCUGGCAGGAAAUGCUAAAUCAUGCCAUCUCCAAGGUCACAGAGGCUGAAAAGGAAAGGGCAAAAAGUGAACAGAAUCACCAACGGAGAUCUGCGAAGUAUGCCGAACUACAGUCGCAAAUUCAAAUUCUUGAGAAGAAAUUUUCCCGCUCAAUUAAAAAGGCGAAACCUUACUUCGAACUAAAAGCUGAACUUGAUGUUAAACUUAUGCAACAGAAACAAAAUGUGCUAGAUUUACAAGCUGCAAUCAGAUGUUGUAAAAUGAAGUAUACAGAGUCACUGCGCAAACUCGAAAGUAUUUCAGAAGAAAUACACCAAUCACGACGCGAGAAAAUCUGGUCAAAAGUUCCCCGGAUGCCAGGAGUCGGUGCAGACACAGAUAGCAUGACUUCCGGUAUAUCUGAAACCGACAUGAAAUCAAUGGCAAGUUGUGAAUGGAAUGAUCUUGGUGAUGAUGAAUUUGGAAGCACAACAGACGACGAAGUGUUUGAUACACAAUCAGAAGGUCAAAGAGAAACGCGAGCCAAUACAGAUUUACAGGAUCGAAUGGAACAGUUAGGUUUUAAUGACAAACUACAUGCACAGUUAGUUUGCAAUAAUUUUAAAAAUGACGAUAAUAGUGAAAGAAACACUGAGGUUGUGGAGGGAAAUAUUGAAUCCGAUCAAUGUGAGCCUAGUGAAGGAAUAAACGUUGUCAAUGAAAAUGAUAAUAAAUCAGGAGUUUCACGUGAUACAGAAAAUCAAUUCAUGUUAAAUGAUAAACCGACUUUAGAUAGUAUCAAUACAAAAUUGAAUGACGUCAAAACGUGUAUUAUAAGUGAGGUAGAUAAGACUGAAAGUGAUAAGAAUGAAACAGAAGAAUAUAUUGGAUGUGACAUGCAAUCUGUUGAACGCCCUUCUUUAUCGGGAGAAGAAGAUUAAAACGUAUUGAUUCUAAAAAUUUAAAACUUAUUUUUUACCUUGAAUAGAGUAUUUUUCUAUUUGUAUAGAUAUCAUGUAUAUAUAUUUAUAAUACUGCAUGUUUGUAACGUUGCUUUUCAUUGAAUAAGUUUAUAUAGUUUAAUAUACACGGCUGCUGUCAAUUUACGUAGAAAUAUCCUUUUUUUCUCUAAAAAAAGCAAGUGUGCUGUAUUAAAUUUGUUCAAAAAUCUUUAAAGUAUAUAGACUAUAUUAGCGUGACGAUUAUCCAAUUAAAAGCGACGUUACAAACAUGCAGUAUUAUAAACCUGUUAAGAUACUUUCUGCGUAGAUGAUAUUGUAAAAGACACUUUAUAUUUGUAGGGUAAUAAAUUGAAAUACUUAGAAAAUUAGUGAUACAAAUUUAUGGACACUAUUAAUUUGACAGGGUUAAACAAUGCUAGCGUAGGUUUAUUUUAGUCAUAGUACAUGUAAUCACCUUUGUUGUUUUAUGAAAUUUGAACAAUGAAUUGUUUAUUUUUGUUAUCCAAAUGCGAUUUUGGAAAAAAAAUGUUUAAAGCAUAUUUUUGUAUCAGGGCUUGUGCAAUAAAAAUAGAAUAUUAAAAAUUGAAUAUUAAAACAUUAA